AUCUCAUUCUUCGCGUAAGCAUAUCUCAAUCUCAUUACGAUACGUUGUCGUUUCAUCCCCUUCACCCGAAAUUCCAUACUCCUUCAUCCCCAGUCCUCACCACCUCUCUCACACGUAUAAAGUAUAAACCCCCGCCAUUUCCACCUCUCUCUCAUCGUCUUCGUCGAUCGUUAUCCACACCACCAAACAGCUCACUUCUAUUCUUCUCUCCGCUCGCGAAAUGGAUCCGGUUCUUACAGUUACGGCCGUUUCGAUCCUUCUCGGCAGUUUAAUCGCCUUCGCCUUCUUCGCCAACUACUUCGGCAAGCGGAAAUCCGAGGUCCAGUCCAUCGCCAAAUCGGAGCUCCAACCCGAUCCGAAGAAGCAAAACAAGCCUUCUCAGUCCAAGAAGUCUCACCUCAAAGCUCACUCCCAUUCCCAUGCUGAUAAGGAUCAAAACAAGCGACAUCAUCCGUUGGAUUUGAACACUCUGAAGGGUCAUGGUGACUCAGUCACAGGGUUAUGUUUUUCCUCUGAUGCACGAAGUUUGGCAACAGCUUGUGCUGAUGGAGUGGUCAGGAUAUUCAAGCUGGAUGACGCUUCAAGUAAAAGUUUCAAGUUUCUGAGAAUUAAUUUGCCGGCUGGAGGUCAUCCUACAGCAGUCAUAUUCUCUGAUGAUGCAUCUUCGAUAGUUGUGGCUUCCCAGACUCUCAAUGGUUCUUCUUUGUACAUGUAUGGGGAGGAAAAACCCAAAGCUUCUGAUGAAACUAAACAACCCAAGCUUCCUCUCCCAGAAAUUAAAUGGGUACAUCAAAAAGUCCAUGAGAAAAAGGCUAUUCUGACCCUUGUUGGAACUAAUGCAAGUUAUGGAACAGCUGAUGGAAGUACAAUUGUUGUCUCUUGCUCGGAAGGGACUGAUAUCAUGCUUUGGCAUGGAAGAACUGGGAAGAUUUUGGGAAAUGUUGACACAAAUCAGUUGAAAAAUACAAUGGCUGCCAUAUCACCAAAUGGACGUUUUAUUGCUGCUGCAGCUUUUACUGCAGACGUGAAGGUCUGGGAAGUUGUGUACUCAAAGGAUGGUUCGGUCAAGGAGGUUUCAAAGGCUAUGCAGCUUAAGGGGCAUAAGAGUGCAGUAACUUGGUUAUGCUUUACUCCCAACUCAGAGCAAAUCAUCACUGCAUCCAAAGAUGACUCAAUAAGAAUUUGGAAUAUCAAUGUUCGGUAUCAUCUUGAUGAGGAUCCAAAAACUCUGAAGAUGUUUUCAAUUCCACUGCAUGAUUCAGGUGGUGCUACUUUGCACUAUGAUCGUCUCAGUAUAUCCCCUGAUGGCGGGAUAUUGGCAGCAACCCAUGGUUCAACAUUGCAGUGGUUAUCUGUAGAAACUGGGAAGGUUUUGGACACAGCUGACAAAGCCCAUGAUGGUGACAUCACAUGGAUAUCAUGGGCACCUAAGACCAUUCCAAUGGGAGAUGGAGAAGCUUUGGUUUUGGCCACGGCCAGUGUUGACAAGAAAGUGAAGUUGUGGGCAGCUCCUCCUACUCAUUGAUCCUAAAGGAACCUGUUAGUUAACUUGUAUGAAGCAUUGCAUGAAGAUGCUCUCAAUUUUGGUGACAAAGUUUUAUACAAAAUUAAACAAACGUGGUUUGUUUUAACUGACCCUGGCUUACGAUAUGUGAUGAUGCAAGAUUAGUUUCUUUGUUCAAACCAUCAUGGAACAGAACUAAGUGCUCAAACCAGAUGCCAUCUUUCCUUUGCAAUCAUUUAGUGUCGCCGCCAUCUUGCCCAUACUGUUCACGGGAAAGAGAUGGGAGAUGCUUUUUGAAUUAUAAGAUGGAUGGAAGCUUUUUUGUUUUUAGUUGUUUAUGAGCUAGACCAACAAAAGAGGCAAGUAACGUUGAAAAACUAAUAGGCUGCUGUGAAGUAUAAGUUUAUUUUACCGAGCACAUUGUCUUCUGUGUUUGUGUGUGUCUGAAUACAAUAUUUAUUAGUACGGUAGAACCUGUCUUUUCUAUGGCUUA